AUGGUGACACCCGCGCUGGUGGUCUGGAUCAAGCUGGAAUUGGUAUUGCAGCACCGGCGGCAGAAAACAAACAGAGCCUUGGCCCCCCGCGCGCAGCCUUCCGGUGACGGAAGCAACGGUGACGAGCUCCGCGAGCGUACUCGGACCAGAGUCAAGCAUGCGUCCCCAAGUCUUGGAUGGUGCGGGACGACGGCGACGGCGUUGAUCCCGCAGCCUCUGGUUGGACCGACCAAACUCCCCGCCCGCCGGGACGAGCCUUGGCCACUGUGA